UUGGCUGGUCCCUUCAUCUCUCAGAAGGCCAGCUGCAGUCUUCUCCUCUGGAAUUCCAGGCCAGGCUUUCUCUCCCACCCACUCGCACGGUCUGCUGGCUGCCGGCACCUUGUUUAUUUAAGGUCUGAGUAAUACCCAGUUGUCUGGAGCACACCUAAUGCUGGGCCACUGUGGCUGCUGUUCAGAGGAGGAGGGUCUCUCCUCGUUAAAACGCCUGGCUCCAGGCCCCCUGCUGCCCGCAGCCCAACAAGGACACAUUCCUUGUGAGCCAAAGUCCCCGGGAACCGGCACUCCUGCGCCUUGUAAACCUGUUGAGGAUUCCCGGCAGUUGGAGAAAUUCACAUGGGCAGAGGAGUCCACUUCGGGGGAUGCCAUCGUCAAUUGUGCUUCAGCCAGAGAAGCCCGCACAAAGUUCCGCCACAUCCAAUUGCCAUUCAGGAGUCCCUGGGUUAGCUGAACGCCGGCUCAGCCCGGAGCUGCAUGCGGGACCAGAAAGUAAAAGCCUGUUCUUCUAAAUACCCCUACCGGGUGUUUUGAUGUCAGAAGCCGUCUGGGUGUUGCAUUGCCAUGGCCGACACUAUCUUUGGCAACGGGAAUGACCAGUGGGUGUGUCCGAAUGACAGGCAGCUGGCUCUCCGGGCAAAGCUUCAGACUGGCUGGUCGGUGCACACAUUCCAGACCGACCGGCAGAGGAAAACGCAGGCGCUGAACUCGAAGGAAAUGGAGGUCAUCCUGGAGGUCAUCCAUCGGGCGGAGAAAUUAGACGUGGUCGAGCAGCAAAGAAUUGGGCGUCUGGUGGAGCGCCUGGAAAACAUGCAGAAGAACGUGAUGGGCAACGGAUUGUCUCAGUGCCUGCUCUGCGGGGAGGCUCUGGGCCUGCUGGGGAACACGGCGGUCUUUUGCCAGGACUGCAAAAAGAGAGUCUGCACCAAAUGUGGUAUUGAAACCUUGAACACCCAGAAGCGCCCUGUCUGGUUCUGUAAGAUCUGCAGUGAGCAGAGAGAGGUUUGGAAGCGAUCCGGCGCCUGGUUCUACAAAGGCCUUCCAAAGUACAUCUUGCCCUUGAGAAGCAGCAGCAAAGUCCAUGAACCGCGCCUGAGGCCUCACCACUUGGAGCCGCCGAUGCUGGACGUUAAGGGUGCCUCCACGAAUCGCUCUUACAGCUGGGCCUGGGGAAGAGUGGUCUCUAGCGAUAGCGACAGCGACUCUGAGUUCAGCUUGUCGAGCCUGGAUGACCGGUCCUUAGCUGCAGGUUCGAAGGGUUUCAAGAUGAGAAAACACCAAGCUGAAUCUGGUGAGGAAAGCAGCUGUUCGGGGUUGGGCGGUGCGCGCACGCACAUGAGCGAGCAAAAUGUGUCCAGUAGGGAAACGGCCCGUACCCCCAGCAGGAGCGCCAGCCGGGCCUUGGGGAGCAUCUUGUCGGAGAGUCAGAGCAGCCUAGGCAGUGAGCGAGGGGGAGGGCUGAGCGCCACAGAGAGCGGCCAGAGCGACCUCCCAGCUGAAGAUGACGAUAGCGAUGCCAACUGCAGCGUCUCUGGGAAAAGACGUCUUCUGAGAAGUCGCUGGUGCUGAUGGGAACUCAGCUUGUUUGCAAGAUGCUUUUUCUUAACCAACCUCACUGCAUGGAAGCCAGGAUGGACUGUGCAGCCUAGGACUUUGCAGGGUGAACAUGGACACACAUCAGCCUUAAGGACCCAAGCUUGCUAGUGUGGAGUUGGUGAUGUCGCUGUGGCCGUCUGUCUGUUUUUGUGUGUGUGUGUAGGUUUUUUUCCACCUCUUGCUGCCUGAUGAAGAAUUGGCACAGUGGAGAGAGCGUCAAAAUUUGAGAGGGGGGAGUGUGCGAGGAGCCAGGAGGACUUCUGUGACCAUAUCUCCAUGAGCUUUUGGAUACUGGGACAUCCCGUAUUUUUGACUGCAUGCACUGAGAUUCUGAUGCUUCAGCUGACUCCUAAAGGGACUUCUGUUGGAAGGUGGCAAUGCUGUUCAGUGGCUGGGCACCAUGGGAAAGAGGAGGGGUGCCAUGGGGAAAAGGAGGGGUGCCAUGGGAAAGAGGAAAGGGCUUGUGUGACUCUUUUAUUUUAUAUAUAUAUUAUUUUUAUUGCAUUGAAUGAGUCAAGAAGGCCGCCUUUGGAAUAUCUCUGUGUGGCUGGCUUGAAAGAGGGUGUUUUCGGGGCAGGGGGUGGUGGACCUUACCAGAAAAAGUGUAGCCGGAGAUUCCUGACCCAUUGCCUGCAAUUCAGUUAUGAAUAGAAAGGGUUAGAUAGAUCAAACGAGAUGAGAGACUGAAACUUCUGGGAAGUGGAAAUAACUGGAAGAUAAUCCCUGGGUUGGAUCCAGAGUUCUGUGAGUGGAGUUCUGUUCCUGCUGAAUGGGAUGCUCUUAAAUCCUGACCUUGGCUACCCCUUAUCCUUCCAUCUCCCCCCCCCCCAAAAAAAAAUCUGCUCUGAAGGGAACCAGCAGUGGGCAGAAGUCCUCAGGAAGCGGUUGAUUUCCCUGUUCAUCCAAGCUGCACAGUGGCCAUGUACAGAAGGGUAAGUUGAAUGCCUCCAGAUUUCUGUCUCAGAAAGAUGGGAUUUCAUGGGAGAAAAGAGGAGACAGUGGGUGUGAGCGGGGGUCCCCUUUGGCUGUCCAGUAGCCUGGCGGGGGGCUCAUCUGACAUUGCCAGGAGAGCCGAAAUGGUUGCUCAUAGAGAAAAGUGUACUUUGCAUCAGAUGCGAUGUUUAACCCCAGUCACGUAUAAAUACAUCCAUACACACCAUUACCAUUGAACUUGACAUUGAUUGUAGGUAUGAAUUAUGGUGCAAUAAAAGAGCAAAUAUGAUUCCUUUUCCUCUUGGAGGGGGGCGUAGCCACUUGUUAGGUAGAGGCCUAACAGCUUGCGCACCCCUAAGGGGUGUGUGUGUGGCCCUCAUGAUGUCACAAUAGGACUGUUUUAUUAAAUGCCACUUCAGCCACAGGUCAUGCCGUGUGGCAAACUUAGUUGACCCAUUUGGGGCAGAUUCAUCCCGCCCAAUCAUUGGGCAUCUUUUUCAGUCCAUGGUUUGGAGAGGAGAGAAAGGAUGGGUUGCAGGUGAACUUUACCUACCCUAGUGUGGCUCUCUGUCCUAUACUGCCCCCCCCAUGGGAAAUUCCUUCCCAGUUUGGUAUUUUAUUGUCGGGAUCUUGAACUGGAAGCUCUGAAUCCAAAUCCAGACCCGUUUGGGGUAAGAGGGAAGGACCGUCCGUGAUGAGAAAACAUCCCUCUUGGCUUUCCCCUCUCUUUGCAAAGUUGCCUGUUCAAUCUCUGGCCUUGUAAGUUGCGCGCAAUGCAUUCUUCUAAUGUGGAAGGCUGUUUUUGAAAUAGACUUUUUAAAUGUGCCAUUUCCUGUGUA